AAUUAUUCCCAUAAUUGUAUUAAAUAAAUAAAUUUUGCUUAAAUUUGAAACAAAUCUGUUAACAAAAAAUAUAUUUUAUAAAAAACGUGCGUUUAUAUAAAAAAUCUAAUCUUAAAAAUGGAAGCUAAACGUAGUAACACUAUGCAUUAUCAAAACAAUGGUCAUCGUGUUACCACAAGUUCCUCGAAAACACAAGUCAUGAAAAAUGCCAGCGAAAUAAGUUUGACUCCCAGCCAAGCGGCUGAGCAAGCUAAACUUAAUGGUCGCAAGCAUCCUUUAGAUGCUUUAAGUAAACUGCCUAAUAAGCAACAAACUGUGGAACGUAGAUCGGGUCUACAAGAUGUGGAUGAGGAAUAUUUGAAGCAAAAUAUUUUUCGAAAACCUCUAUUUUCUAGGAAUUCGCCUCCAGCCGAAGGAUCUGUACCAAAUCCAAUAAUUUCACAGGCUCAAUUAAAAGUUCAACAAAAUUAUCAAGAACAUGCAGCAGCAAAUAUGACACCAUCACAUAUCCAAAUGCAAUCUCAAGUUCACAGUGCAGCUGGAACUAUGCCAUCAGUACAAAAUAACCAACAAACCAUAAAUGCAAAAAAUCAAAUUAAUCAUUCUUCUGUAUCCGCGCAACAGGAUUAUCAGCAACAACAGCAGCACCAGCAACAAAUAACACAAAAUCAAAAUACUGGAAUACUAGGAAACGGUCGGCAAAAUACCACACAACCUCAAACUACAAUUUACAAUAAUACUUUAACAAAUCAAGAACCUGAAAUGUGUACAACUUGUCCAAAUUGUCAGACUACUAUUUAUUUGGUACGUGGAGCAGAUGUUAGCCAUGAUAUGUCACCGAAAGUACAAAAUAAUGGAGAACAUGCCACGCCAUCAGGCUCAACUUGAAUUUGUUAUUUAUUUUAUCAAAUUUGUUGAAUAUUCAAAAUUUUAAUUUGUAUUUUUGUUAUUAAAUUAAUUAUUGAUAUUUUGUAAAAAUAAUUUUAAAAUUAAUAGCGUUAUGGAUUAAUAUUUGAAUAAACAAUGGGUUUGUAAUCAAUGUAA